UCACACACCCACUCUUUUCCGCAACCAGUCUAUCGCCACUCGGAUCUCGCUCUUCCGAGGAGGUGCAGAAAACUUUUGUCCGCAGGGUCACAGACUUUACUUCUUGGACGCACACGCUUGGGGAAUUUGUCCCUGACUUGAGUGUGUGAAGCCGGUGGGGACCCUGGUUUAUUCUCAUCCGCAAGCAACGCAACGCAGCUCACCCACCCACCCACCCUCGCCAUGAAGCGGCAGCGACUGAUGUUGAUCACUGCGCGGUUCUUCGCGGGAGCGGCGCUGAUCCUUUUCUACCUAACGUCCUGCACCAACUACUGGCUCCACGCUGUGACCUGCGGGUCCGACAACAAUACGCAGUCUGCUGAGACCCAGUUGUCAGACAGCCAGACGCAGAAAACACCGACUGACAAUGCAACAGAGCUGAAAUCUGGCACAGACUCGCGACGGACCGCAAUGUCUUUGACUGGAAGAGACAAAUCAAGUCUGGUGGGUUCAUCAAUGCCUGAAAAUGGAAAUUUACAACAUCAGAAGAAAAAAAUAAAUACUGAUAAUGAAUUUACUUAUAAUGUAUUUAGCCUAUUAUUGAAAGAUAACAGGUUAACUUACCAUCAUGAGGGCUUCACCUGGAGAUGCUCAUUUACCGAUAAAGAGGCGGAAAAUCAACACUCAAAAUUUAUUACCAUUUUUCAACCACCUGUAAAGUGUUGUGUGCACGCCUUUUAUUCCCCAUUUCCAAGCGAUCCAAAGUUCAUUAAUGCCGAAUUUCAAUCUAAACUUGUUUAUCGUAAACUUUGGAGUGCACUAAUGUUCUUGGGAGUGAUCAUUGUUACAAUUGGAUUCAUAUACAUGAUUUACAAAGCAUGCCGUCAGAAACACGAGAUAUAUAAAAUAGUGGGAGUAAUUUUCCUCAUUGGUGGCAUUUGUUUCACCUUGUCAAUUAUCAUGUACGCCUGCUGGAUAUCAGCAAUAUCUUGGAUGAUCGCAAAAGAAAUAGCAAAUUGCACAUCUGCAAAUAACAAUACGAAAUAUGGCGUGGAUUAUGGUUGGUCAUUCAUGGCAGCUCCUUUUGCCGUAUUACUCUCUGUAAUCGCAGGUGGUCUUUUCAUUAAAUUGUCUGCUGCUGAACGCAGUGAAAGUAGUACCACCAUUUAAAUAUUUUUUUGAUGCAACCAAUUUAUAUUUUUUAAAAGAGGAAAGUGUCAUUAUUAUGCUGAAGCGGCAAAAUUUAUCAACAAAGAGACAUGAUAAUAUGGACUCCCUUUGAUUACAGUCGAAAUAUAACAUUAUAUAGUAGUACUGGCGUUACAUAUUAUUUGAAAUUUUUAAUGUAUCCAGUGUUUCCUUGAUUCCUGAAAGGAAACUGUUGUUAUUUUGACAAUCGAAAAAGCUGUGGAAAAUGCAUCACGGUUACUUUGGGGCAGUUUAUUCCUAUUGGAGAAGAGCUGCUCUAUUUCAUAGAGUGUGAAAUGGCUUGGUAGCUUGAUGACAGGUUCUGCAAAGUUUAACAAAUUCCCAAAAUAAUGAUGUUUUUAAAUAAUCAAGAGCUCAAGUUAAUUAACUUCAUAAUUAUCUCCCAGUUUAUAACUCCCAAUAACUGCCAUAUUAUCACGAUUUAACAGCGAAAACAUCGAGAAGCAAACUAUCAUUAGUUGAGGAAUUAGUUUUAGUUGUAUUUUGUAAUAAUUAAUAUGUUAGUUGGUGCAUAAUAAAAGUAUAUAACCUGAAAUUCUGAAUUCAUCUUUGUUUUAGAUUUUUUAUAAUGUUAUAAUCAGCAUUUAAAAAUAUUAUUUUUAAAAUAUAAUAAAAUAACAUUUAUAAAAUAAUAACCUAAUGAUGGGUGUUUUUUUGGGUCGGGGCCCUUCUUCAGACUGAUGGAGUGGGAGAAGAAGGGUCCCGACCAGAAACUUUGCCUAUCCACGUUCUCCAGAGAUGUUACCUGACCUACUGAGCUACUACGACAUUUUUUUUCCUGGGGUAAACCAAUGUCUGCAGUUCCUCGGGUCACAGUUACCUAAUUUGUUGUUGCUCACUUUGAAGUAUUGCCUGCUUGUUCAGAUAUUAAUUGGUGGUGACAGAGAAUGAUAAACAAGUUUUGCUAAAGAGGCCAGUUUUAUUUUCUUCCUAGAAAUUUGAAUAAUUUCAGGAGGAUUUUUGAUUUGGAACAUUUAUUUCCAUAAUGUAGAGGUUCACCCCUCCUCAUAGAAAUCACUGCUGUGGUUUUCUCGAUGUCUGAGUGAUGAAAGGGAAAUCUGAAGUACCUUAGAUGUAGUUUGUUAAAUGCAAAUAUUUUGCAUUAUCUACUCUGUUAUAGGGUGGUUUUGUGUAUUGCGGCUUUUAACUGAGAUUGUAUUUAUUGUAAAUGUGACCGCUUGUAAAAUAACAUUUGUAUUAUUUGGUACAAAAAGUCUUAAUGGAGAAUUACGUCUUUCUGUCGGUGCUUGCUAUUUGGAAAAGUAUUUGGGCUCUGACACGCACUCUUGUUUUUCAAAUAAAUAACAUGUAACUUAAUAUCUGCAAAGCAACCUUAAUAUUUUUGAAAAUGAAGUUUUUAUCAUGCUUAUAUAAUUAAA